AUGGAUAUGUUAAUGAAGUGUCAGCUGUGCCAUAAAUCUUUUAAGAUAAUGAGUGGAAGGAAUGAAGUUACUUCAUUUCCCAGUUUGUUACCAGUUACACUAACAGGUUGUGGACAUGUAUUUUGCAGCAGUUGCAUUGUAAAUAAAUUACUGCAACCGUUUUCAAAACAGCCAAUACAAUUAGAUAAAAAUGUUGAAAGCAUUAAAACGCAACAAAAGUAUUUAAUCACGUGUCCUGACUGCCGCGCCACAACAACGUGUGAUGACAUCAACAACCUCGCCAUCAAUCAACCAAUCGUUGAACUUUUGAAAACUCAACAAUGUGCCGGCAACAUGAACAAUGCUAGCAGCAAGUUGAGAAAGAAGAUCAACAACGAGAACGCUAAAACAAAUCAUGAAGCUCGAACACUUACUGACAACACGCAUUCCAAACAGAUGGAUUGCAGUAAGAAGCACUUUAAUGGUGUUGAGUGUGAAAAGUUACAAGUUCUAAUAAAGAGCCAGACAAAUAACCACAAUUUAUCUGAGAACGUACAUUUGAGUGGGACUGAAAAGUUUGGCCAUAAUGCAAAUAAUUCGAUUGACAACAUCAAAUAUGGACAUGAAAAUAAAAGAAGGUCUCAGUCAUUUUCAGGAGCUCAGUAUGAAGAACAUCAGAAGCUCAGUCAUCAGAACGUUCACUUCAAUUGUGCCGUAAAAAAAUUGUACCCUGAUAUUUCAAGUGAAAAAAAUGCGAUCCGACUUUCGGCGCAUCGUUCAAAUUCAACCUCUGACUUGUUUGAUGAUGUUUUAACGAGACCUCCUCCAUUUAAUCCCCAUUACUUUUCAUGUAAACCUCUUGAGAACAACGUCGUAAAUAUUUCAAACCUUCCCAACACACGCAGUCCUAGUCAGGCAAGGCAACCCAAGCAUUCAGAUGCUCUGAUCACCAAACUUCCUUCAUUACCACCGUUAGCAAGUAGCCUAUUACAGGCCAACCUUGGCAAUCUUGGUAUACAUAACAAUGCUCAGUUUGAUCAACGACACAAAUUGCGAGCAAACAAACUUUUCAACGAUGUACCAAAUGAAAAUUCAAUGCAGAUCAAUCCUUUUAUGAUCGUUGAAACUUUUUAUAAUAGCAAAUCAAAUAAUGAUGUCUUUAACAAUUUAAUUAAUCAACAUUCAUCGACGCUGUACUCCGCAAGUCUGAGUCAAAUCAUUGAAAGUGAAUCAGUAAUGAUGCCACCAACCAGGAUUGCCCUGUCCAGCGCUGCUAACGUUGUCGCACUAAUUGAUCCACCAGCAAACGCAGUUCACAUAGUAGCACUAAAACUCAAUCAGCAACGUAACAUUAAAGUUCUAGGUGUUACGGGCUGCUGUUUUGUGAGUGACGAUGUGAUGAUCGUGACGACGGACAGGAGUAUGCAAAUUUACAGCACCCGCGGUGAUUUCAAGAAAGAAAUAAAUCUGACAACUAGUUCAUGCAUCAUCGGUUGCGUAGCCAUGAAUAAUCACCAGUUCGCCGUCAUUUGCACGAAAGGCCUAGAAAUUUAUAAGGAAAAUAAUUUUUCGUGUUAUUUUAUUAAAUCAAUCAAAUGUAAAAUGUUGUUUGAAAAAGGAUUAGCAAAAAAGAUUAAAAUGGAUGAUUCGAAAAAGAAAAAUAAACUUUUGUCAAAAUGCCUUCGUGUAGAAUUUGUCAAAAUUUUUGACGCCUCUUGGAAUAACGGAAUGUUUGCCAUCUGCGAAAUUCCUCAAAAAAUUGAAAAUGUGACAUCAAAGAAAAAAAUUUCGACAAAUCACGUUGAAAACAGCAACCACAGUCAAAUGCUAAGGACUAUUACUUUAGUUGAUGAUGAGUGCGGAAUAAUUUUUGGAAAAUUGGAUUUAAUUAAUCAGCAACAGAAUAUUUUUAACGAACCCUGUGAACCACAGUCUGUAGCUCUGGGUAGAGAUGCAACUCUCUAUGUACCCGAUCAAUUCAACGGUCAAAUAGUGAAAUACGUGAAUAUUCAGGGCGGAUAUAGCUCAGCUAAGGAUGAUAAAAAACUAAUUUUAGAGAAUGACCGAUCGUUGGUUCACAAGGUGGAAAUAUUUGGUAUUGCUUUGAAUGAUCAAUCAAAACGAGAGAAUAACGGGAAUAACGUGAACAAGGGACGAGGAGAAUAA